UUUUGUCAUGGAACUUAAGAUCACUUCAAAUUCAGCAUCUGCUCUGUCUGCAGGCUCUGACUUCUAAGUGAGUUCAGCACUCUCAGAAGAACAUAUGGAAAAGAGGAACAAUGUGACUAAAUUUAUCCUCCUGGGCCUCACCCAGAACCCAGAGGGCCAAAAGGUUCUGUUUGUCACAUUCUUGCUCAUUUACAUUGUGACAGUUAUGGGCAACCUGCUCAUCAUGGUGACCAUCAUGGCUAGCCAGUCCCUGGGCUCCCCUAUGUACUUUUUUCUGGCUUACUUAUCAUUCAUAGAUACCAUCUAUUCUACUGCCAUUGCUCCCAAAAUGAUCAUUGACUUGCUCUAUGAAACAAAGACCAUCUCCUUCCAGGCUUGUAUGACUCAAGUUUUUAUAGAUCAUUUAUUUGCUGGAGCUGAGGUCAUUCUUCUGGUGGUGAUGGCCUAUGACCGUUAUGUGGCCAUCUGUAAACCUCUUCAUUAUUUGACCAUCAUGAACCGACGAGUGUGUAUUCUCAUGCUGUUGGGUGCCUGGAUUGGUGGCUUUCUUCACUCUUUAAUUCAAUUUAUUUUCAUUUACCAGCUUCCUUUCUGUGGCCCAAAUAUCAUUGACAACUUUCUGUGUGACAUUUAUCCUUUGCUAAAACUAGCUUGCACCAAUACUUACCUCAUUGGACUUUGUAUGAUUGCUAAUGGUGGGGCAAUUUGCACUGUCACCUUCUUAAUUCUUUUAGUUUCCUAUGGGAUAAUAUUACACUCCCUUAAGGCACAUAGUCUGGAAGGGAAACGCAAAGCUUUGUACACAUGUGCUUCCCACAUUGCUGUGGUCAUUUUAUUCUUUGUUCCCUGUAUCUUCUUGUUUGCAAGGCCUACAUCUACAUUCCCCAUUGAUAAGUGUGUGACUGUAAUUUUAACUUUAAUUACUCCCAUGUUGAACCCCUUAAUCUACACUCUGAGGAAUGCAGAAAUGAAAAAUGCUAUGAGGAGACUUUGGAGCACUAAAGUCACUUUAGUAGGACAAAUGUAUUCCUUCUGCAGAUCAUGA